UGGCUGCUUUAGGUCGGAGGUACAUCCACAUGCAGCCCAGUCAGAGGGAGGGAGCCGCGGCGAGGAGUCACAGCAGAGAGCCCCGAACAAUAAACCACAAAGCUCCCAGAGACACAUGAGGCAGAGCGGAGAGGGGGGAAGGAGGAGCGCAGGAGGCUUCCCUGCCCUUUAAAGCCAGCCGGAGACAGAGGAGAGGAGACAGAGGAGAAGAGACAAGAGGAGAGGAGACACAGGAGAGGAGAGGGAAGCAAAUCACCGGCCGUCAUAUGAGCGCGCAGCCCCGGGAUGAAGCGAUGCUUCCAAAUCUAGAAAAGGUCAUGAGAGAAAGCUCGGCUCAGCUCGGCUUCAAUCUCCAAAUGAAGUGGCAGAAGAAGAUAUUUCUGGUCCUCAUUGUCAUCUGUACUGUCAGUGUUCUGCUGCACCAUGGGGGCCACUUCACCUGGAACAAUGAGGUAUUUCACUUUGGCUGCUCCCACCAGGCCCAGGGCGCAAAGCCUAAACACUCAAACAUCGUCUUCCUUAAGACACACAAAACAGCCAGCACCACCAUGCAGAACAUCCUGUUUCGCUUUGCAGAGCGCAACAACUUGACAGUGGCAUUGCCAGUACAAGCAUGUGGUCAUCAGUUCUGCUACCCACGUUCUUUCUCCUCUCACUUCGUCCAUCUGCACACGCUGCGACCAAACUUGAUUACCAACCACAUGCGUUUUAAUAAAACAGCAUUGCAACGGCUGAUGCCGCAUGAUACAAUUUAUAUUACAAUCCUGAGAGAGCCAGCCUCAAUGUUUGAGUCCUUAUUUACAUACUACAGUCGACACUGUAUGAGCUUCAAGAGAGUCCCCAAUGGUUCUCUGGAAGAGUUCUUGGUGGAACCUUUACGCUACUACAGGCCAGAAGAGAUAGACUCCAUGUAUGCACGUAACACCCUGACCUUUGACUUAGGUGGAGACAAAGAUCGCCCAGCAAAAGACAUUGCUUAUGCACACGAAUUUGCUGCGGAAGUUGAAAAAGUGUUCUCCCUAGUAAUGAUUUCGGAGUACUUUGAUGAAUCGCUUAUCCUUCUCCACCAUCUACUUUCAUGGGAUAUGGAGGACAUCCUGUAUGUCAAGCUAAAUAUGCGUACAGAAGGUUCCAAGAAAAAGCUGUCACCAGGUCUUCCUGAAAAGAUCCAAGCCUGGAAUUCCAUAGAUGCGUACCUUUAUGAAUACUUUAAUGCCUCACUUUGGGUCAAACUAUCAGAUUUGGGUCUAGACUGUGUUGCGAAGGAGGUGCAACUGCUUCGGCAGGCCCAAGAAAGGCUUAUGGGGACUUGUUUUGGUGGGAAAAUGCCACUUCCACGCUCAGCUGCAGAGAUCAAAAACAAGGAUCUUCGUCCCUGGCAGCCCAGUGACAAAGUCGACAUUGUCGGCUAUGACCUCCCAGUGAAUAUAAGCCGAGAGGCACAGGAUCGUUGCCUCAAAUACAUCAUGCCAGAGAUCUCUUACACACGCAUACUUCUUCAUUCUCAGUCCCUGCGACACCGCCGAGGUUAUCUGAAGUCACACGUCCCCCGACAGCACAUCGCCACAGCCUUGCCUCUGCAUUCUCAGGUCCAUCGCAGCCAACCACCUCUUCCGUUUGUUCACAGCCCUGCCUCAGGAACAGAGUCCAAAUCUACCCCAAAGCAAAGUGAAGGAACUACAAAGUUAGAACCCUAAUCCUCUAACAAAAUGGGAAUAUCUUAUUAGUGCCCAGUUGACUGCACAUUUCUACUAAUCCCACUAAAACAAAAAACAAAACAGCCAUGCUUUGUUAAUCAAACACUUUGGACUUUGCUUUCCCUAAUUUGUAUCUGGUAAGGAAAAUGUUAUCCAAUUUCAACCAUGUGCCUCUCCUGAUUUGGUAUGUAGAACCGUUAAAGUGGUAGAAAAACAACAGGGCAAACCUGGAGCUAGAGUCCUGAGACGAAUGAAGAGGUAGUGAUAUCAGCGAUGUUGUAAGGCACAGAAUGUGCUUUGUGUUGAUCACUGGACGGAUAUCGAAUCACUUCCCUUUGUUUUCCCUUUCUUCAGCUCUGGUUUCCUUGCUCUCUAAUUAGCAUAUAUGCCACUUAAAGACACACAAAGACAUAGUGGAUCGGCUGUCAACUGUACAAAGACCCACACUGAGAUCUCCUCCCUAACUUUUCUUCUUUUCAAAGUCUAAAACCCAAAGCAGACGAGAGAGAGAAGGACAACGGUGGGUGCAGUUUCAUGCUUUAUGGAGGGAAAGUCUGGAAACAUCUGGAUACUAAAUUUUGGCCACCUAUUACGACCACGGCAGGCAAAGAUUGAGCCAUAUAUAGUAUAAAAGCUGUAUAUUCAGCCAUGGACCUCUGUGGAAUUCAUAGCUGAUAUAUCUACAAGCCCCUACAAUACGAUCCCCCUCUGCCGAGAUCUCCCUUUGCCCUGAUUGCCACUGGCGGUCUCGUCUUGCACUGUCUUAACAUAACCUGUCAAAAACAAAGGUUUUGCAGUGGAGACUUAACAUUUAAACAUUGCAAUAAGAUUCAUGGAAUUUUGAUAUUAAAGGUCCAGAGUCCAUAAUCAUCGAGGAACUUCUUUGCCCUAUCUGAUAUCUAUAUGACAAUGAUGCAAGACAAAGACUUGAAGACUGCGGGUCACAGUGCUUGAAUAUUUAAUCAUCUUUUCUCAUGGUACCUCCUAUGGCAAAUGCUCUAAGGUUACAUACCUGUAUGUUUUCAUUUGGGACACAUUCCACCAAUGAAAAGCUGCUCUUUUUGAACUGAACCUGAAAUUAAGGGUGUGUACAUUUAGAGAGUGCGACCUGCUGCAGUCACAAACUGUCAUCACUUAUCCACUUUAACUGUCCUCUACUCUUAUUUAAGCUGUAAUUUAAUUAACACUGUAUUAAGGUGAACAAAUAUGUAACUUUAAAGCUAAGUUAUGAGUUUUUUCUUUUUGGAUUAUGUACUGUAAGAGUUGCAGAUGUGAGCUAGUAAAAGACUCUGUGCCCUAUGUUGAAAGAGCAGCAACAGCAUGGCUGUUAUUCUGUGUUAUUAUGUGGGUGUGGAGGGGUGUGUGUGUGUGUGUUUUUGUCACUAUGGCAAACAUGAUUGUGAAGAAUAUUACAGUAAUGUGUAAUACCACAAAACCAGCUUUGAGCCAUUUGGAUGGUGUUAAAUGUGACUAUGGAUGUUUUCUUUCUGAAUACUGUAAGCUUUGAAGUUGCAGAGGGAAACUACAGUUAAGCCUAAAAUUAUUCAAACUCCUGGAAGAUUUUGCCUUCAACGUAUUUCCAUUAAGUUUCUGAGGAGAAAUGAGAAUGGGAUAUAUUAGAAGAUACUAAAAUAAUGUUAAAAAUAUGUUUACCUUGUUAAAAAGGUUAGUUGAAAAUAAUUGAUAGCUUUCUCAAUAAUAGACAUGGAAGCCUUUUUAGCUUUACAAUUACCAAAGCCUUCACAUCUUCACUGACAUUUUAUAUGUUUCUACUGGUGCUGUGGGGAUUUUUUCUUCCGUAAAAGUGUCUGAGGUAGGAAAACCUCUUCGCCAUUACCAUUAUCUUGAGCUAUCUUUAAGAAUCUCCCUCAGAUUUUGAUAUGGGGGUCUGGCUGAUUAGCUCUAAAUCGUUUAUUUUCUUUCACUAAUAUAAAAAUUGCUGAGGAGAAUAUUUUUGGGCUUUACUGUAAUUUAAGAAAGGUAUAGAAAGGGGUCAGAAUUUUAGACAUGAAGAAAUACAGUGCAGCUGCAAAACAAGGAGUUGCCACUCUAAAAUACAUACUCUAUACUAUAAGAAACAUGGGAAAAAAAAAUGUCAUAAAUCUGCAAACUCUUAUUUGUUACGCUUGAUUUAUUAUUACCAGUGCUGUUCUGUAUUUUGACCUUUUAUUUGCAGGGAAAAAAAGGUUGAAUUAUGAUCUAAUUUUCAUAUGUCUAAUAACAAAACUUUCUCGGACAGAGCAGAUGGAAUAAGACAUGGAAACAAUAUGAAAUUAUUUCUUUACACAUUUGAUACAGGAAACAGCGACAAAAAUCCCCUCUGAAGCUCGGAUGUGCUGCGUUUUUAAGUGUUUUUUUGUUUGUUUAUGUCCAGUUUACAUACAAACAUAAAAGCACACAAAUCAUGUUACGUGAAUAUGAAUCAAGCAUUAUGACUUAUGUUUUAGAGAGGGUGCGAAUAUUUAAAGUCUGGUGGAGCUUGAAUAGAGAAGGAGAACUUAAGAGUCUCUGAAUGCACAGGAAAUUGGUGUUUUUGUGUUUGUGUUAAAGAUCAUUUUCAAUUCGAACAGCAAUGUUAUGUUUUUGGCGGUGUAUAACACUCCCCUUCAUUUUAACAAAUGCAUCAAAUCUUAAAUAAGCUUAUUUUUUUAAGCAGCUGAGAUUUAAUGGUGAUUUGCUGCAGCUAAAACAUGUUUUGAAAACUGCAACUAUCCAUCACUGCAAAAAUGAUCUAGAAACAAGUAAAGGUUUCUUAAAUUAAAUGUAUUUCCCCUUAAUUUGAUUGGGUAGAUAAUGUGAGUUGGCAAUAAAAUUAGAAAUUU